ACAGGCUACCACUCCGACGUCAGUUAUGAGCACCAACCGCCUGGCAUCACAAUCCUGACGCUCCUCUCCGUGCCCUCUACAGGCGGUGAUACAGGAUGGGUUUCUCAAGUGGCUGCUUACGAACGUCUUUCUGAUCCUAUCAAGAAAUUAUUGGAAGGGUUGAGAGCUGAGCAUAGCGGGUUCCCACAAGGCGAAGGCGCACGAAGAGAUGGGAAAUUUGUACGUAGAGAGCCAGUCAAAUCGGAGCACCCAAUCGUUCGCGUUCACCCCGGAACAGGCCAAAAAGCGCUCUUCAUCAACCCUGGCUUUACCAAAAAAAUCCUCGGUCUCAAAGACGAGGAAUCUGACGCCCUUCUGCAACUGCUUUUCAAACACAUCUCCCAAAGUCAAGAUAUUCAGGUAAGGGUCAGGUGGGAUGAUACCACCGUUAGUCUGUGGGAUAAUCGCGUUACGGCGCAUACGGCAAUUAGCGACUACGACGUUGAGGAUGGAAAGGAGGGGUUGAGGCAUGGGUUUCGGAUUACGACCUUGGCCGAGAAGCCAGUGGGGGUGGCGGGCUUGGCGAGUGUGUGGUAG